ACAGGUAUUUAUAGCUGAUUUCUGUAGGGGAACAAUAUUUAUAUAAGGUUCCACUAAUAUCUAUUUAGUUAUAUGGAUGGAAGCCCAAGUAUAGGGGAUGUUUCUGAGGCAUCUCAAAAGGAGUGCAUGUUGAGAGCCCUAGAAAAAAUGCACCAUUAGUUUUCCAUUGAAUACCCAGGGAAAUGAAUUAGUCCAAUCCAUUUUGUUUGUUUGUUUUGGGAGGAGUCCUGUGAUUGAAGUAACUCAAGAUUGGUAUAGCCUAAAAAUGUUUCUCUGUAAGGACUGCAGGCAACACCAGAACAAACCCAAAUUUAGACUUUUUUCCCCUCCAAAUUUAGACUUUUAAGGCUGCCUCCUGUACUUAGAAUGAGUUUUUGAUCUUAGGAUUUCUUUAUAUGUAUCUGUAGAUGAAUUCUACUGAUCUACAAAUCUCAUGAAAUUGUGAGAAAAACAUUGUGUCUGUAAAAUUCAUUUGCUGUAAGGUGUGAGACUCUCAAGUGAUCUUAAAAGGAUCUGAGGCUCAAGAAAAGGUGGCUGCUUAAUAUCCUGCACUGUUCUAGUCAUUGAGAGCAUAGUCACAAAGAUAGAAGCCGUUUUGGAGUAGGUGAUUUGGUGUGGGGGUCAGAAGUAGAUGAUGUUUUCCAUUUGUGAGACAAGAAAAAGUGAUUGGACUAUUAUUCUGAAAUAGCACUUUUUCUGAAAAAUCAAAAAUGUAAAUCUAUACCUGAUCUGUACACAUCAAAAAUGUUUAUUAUACAGUAUUUUGAUUUUCCCCUUGGGUAAAUUUUGCAAGUAUAUUUUUCCUUUAAUGAACAUCAUUGUUUUCCUUUGCAUUUCUUCUUUGGGACUCCAGCUCCCUGGAAUUUAUAAUCUACUAGAGGCACGGUGCAUGAAUUUAUGCACAGUGCACCUACGAUAAUGUGUUGUAGAAAUAGAUGUUAAACUUCAGUUUGAAUGAAAAAUGUCUCUCAGCCCACCUAUAUUUCUCAAAGAGAGGGAAGAAAAUAGUUCAAGAUUGGUGGAAAUACAACAACCACAAACUACUUCCAUAGCUGCAGAAGAUCCUCUUCAAAACUUACGCUUAGCAUCUCAAGAAGUUCUUCAAAAAGCUCAGCAAAGUGGAAGAUCAAAAUGUCUUAAAUGUGGUGGUUCAAGAAUGUUCUACUGCUAUACGUGUUACGUCCCAGUUGAAAAUGUACCUAUGGAGCAGAUGCCACUUGUGAAGCUUCCACUGAAGAUUGACAUCAUUAAACAUCCAAAUGAAACAGAUGGCAAAAGUACUGCUAUCCACGCGAAACUUUUAGCACCUGAAUUUGUAAAUAUUUACACGUACCCUUGUAUUCCGGAAUAUGAAGAAGAGGACCAUGAAGUUGCGCUCAUUUUUCCUGGACCUAAGUCUGUCUCAAUAAAAGAUAUUUCUUUUCAUCUGCAAAAAAGGAUUCAAAAUAAUGUGAGAGGCAAAAAUGAUGACCCUGACAAGCCAUCUAGUAAACGCAAGAAAACUGAAGAACAAGAUUUGAAUGACAACAAGUGCAAAGAGACAACACUGAAAAAAAUUAUAUUUAUAGAUAGCACCUGGAACCAAACAAACAAAAUAUUCACUGAUGAGAGACUUCAAGGGUUGCUACAAGUUGAGUUGAAAACAAGAAAAACUUGCUUUUGGCGCCAUCAAAAAGGAAAGCCAGAUACCUUCCUUUCCACAAUUGAAGCCAUCUACUACUUUCUGGUAGACUACCAUACUGAUAUAUUAGAAGAGAAAUACAAAGGACAAUAUGACAAUCUUCUAUUUUUCUACUCUUUUAUGUACCAGUUGAUAAAGAAUGCCAAAUGCUCUGGAGACAAGGAAACAAGAAAAAUUACUCAUUAGUUUUUAAGAAGCCACUUUUGUUUCUUUAUUUUGUUAAAAUCAAUAAACUUGUAAUUGUGCUUUGUUUAUUC